GGCAAGUUUGUCAGAGGGGCUGGUACCCGCCGGACGCGGCACCUCACACAGCAGCGGCGCCUUCCCGCGCUCCGCCCGCCCGGUUCCAGGGCUGCCGCCUCGCUCGGGCUCCUCGGGCCAGCGAGCGGCGGGCGGGGCGGGGCGGGGCGCGCCUCGGGGCGGGGCGGGGCGGCGCCGGUGGCAGGGAAGGUUGCGCGGCCGGCCGCUCGGUUCGCGGCGCUGGCGGCGAGCAGCACGGGAGCGGCGCCCGCACCCGGGGCCGGCAGGGGGGCGCGUUCCGGGCCGCUGGCCAUGGAGCUCGGGGAGGGGGACGAGCUGGCCCGGGUCCGCUCCCUCUUCGUGGCCUGCGACGUGAGGGGCUCCGGGCGCAUCGAGCGGGCGGAGUUCGGCUCGCUGUGCGCCGAGCUGCGGGUGCGGCCGGCCGAGGCCGAGGCGAUCUUCCGGCGGCUCGACACGGACCGCGACGGGGCCAUCACCUUCCAGGAGUUCGCCCGGGGCUUCCGCGGGGCCAGCCAGCGGCCGCUGGAGCAGGACGAGGAGGACGCGUGGGGCGCGGCGGGGCCGACCCAGCCCUGGCGGGAUUUCGAGCUGCGGCUCGGGGGCGAGGCCAGAUACAUCCCCAGACAAGAGCAGGCCAGUGUUCUGUAUGCGAACAUCAGUUUAGUGGAACCAAGAUUAAUUCAGCCUUAUGAACAUGUUAUUAAGAACUUCAUCCAAGAGAUCAAACUUCAAAGCACAGAGAUGGAAAGCUUGGCCAUAGCUGUAAAAAGAGCUCAGGAUAAAGCAGCAAUACAGCUCAGUGAAAUGGAGGAGGAGAUGGAUCAGCGGAUACAGGCUGCAGAACACCAAGUCAAGAAGGAAGAGAAGCGGAAAGCUGAAGAGGCACUAAAUGAUCUCAAGCGUCAGUAUGAGAAUGAAGUUGGUGAACUUCAGGUGACAAUAAAAAAACUUAAAAAGCUGGAAGAACAAUCAAAGAACAUAAAUCACAGAGAAGAUUUGGCUGCAUUAAAAAAAAGAAUACAUGAAUUGUCGUUGGAAAAUCAGAAACUUAAAAAAGAUCUUUUAGAAGCACAGACAAGUAUAGCUUUUCUUCAAAGUGAAUUAGAUACUUUGAAAAGUGAUUAUGCAGAUCAAAGUUUGAGCUCAGAAAGAGACCUGGAAAUUGUUCGAGAAUACACUGAAGACAGAGAGAGCCUGGAAAGGCAAAUUGAAAUACUUCAAUCAGCUAACAGAAAACUACAUGACAGCAAUGAUGGUUUAAGGAGUGCACUAGAAAACAGUUUAAGCAAAUGCAACAAAUCACUGCGUCUAACAAACAUCUCCCCUGGGAAUACAAUUACUAGAAGCAGCCCCAAAUGUAAUGGUGGCCAGUCUCCUCAAAAUCCACGAUAUGACAGAUCAUCUCGUUCUUCCUAUGUGGAUGAAGAUGAGUGUUUAGCCCUUUGUGACCCUCUGCAAAGGAUAAACUGUGAUGCUGAUAGCUUGUCUGAAAGCUGCUUUGACAGUGGUUUGUCUACCUUGAGAGACUCAAAUGAAUAUGAUUCAGAAGUGGAAUGGCGACAUCAAAGAAGUUUUCAAAGGCCACACUGCAUGCAGGACGGUUCUGGUGGUGAUGCUUCUGAUACAGAUGUUCCAGAGAUCAGGGAUGAAGAGGCUUAUAGUCCUGACAACAGCAGUACAGCAGAAGACUGGAAACCCUCACAACCAGUCAGUCGAAGCAGCUCUAGUGCUUCAACAAGGAGGUGUCUCCCUGCCCUCUCUCCACAGACAGACACAAUAGACUGUAACCUGAAAUACCCUAAUUCAGAGAAGGCUUACAAGAUAGUUCUUGCUGGGGAUGCAGCAGUAGGGAAAUCCAGUUUCCUUAUGAGACUUUGCAAGAAUGAAUUUCGAGGAAACACCAGUGCAACUCUGGGAGUUGAUUUUCAAAUGAAAAGGCUUGUUGUUGAUGGAGAACCUACAGUGCUCCAGCUAUGGGACACAGCAGGACAGGAGAGAUUUCGAAGUAUUGCCAAGUCAUAUUUCAGAAGAGCAGAUGGCGUGUUACUGUUGUAUGAUGUGACAUGUGAAAAGAGUUUUCUUAAUGUACGAGAAUGGGUGGAUAUGAUUGAGGAUACAACUCACGAGAAUAUUCCAAUCAUGAUGGUGGGUAACAAGGCAGAUCUUCGCCAAACAGUUUCAGAACGAGGACAAAAAUGCGUACCAAUCAACUAUGGAGAAAAAUUGGCCAUGACUUAUAAUGCACUGUUUUGUGAAACAAGUGCUAAAGAUGGAUCUAAUAUUGUAGAAGCAGUUCUUCAUCUUGCUCGUGAAGUGCGAAAAAGAAGUGACAAUGAAGACACGGAGUCUGUAACCAACCUGGAUGAGCCAACUGUCAAAAAAUCAAUGCUUAUGAAGAACUGCUGUAAUAUAUAAAUAGCAAACUCCCUUUCUGCCCUAAAUAAUUUUACUUUUGUAUUUUUAUGACUUUUUAAAAUGAAAAAUGAAGGAUUUACAUAAUAUGUUCUCCUUAAUAUGGAUUUAUAUGUAUAUAGUAGUUGCAAAACUUGAGAAAUUCAGUUCCUACUUUCUGCUGCUCUGCACUGGUGCACUUGCCUAGCCUCAGAGGCUGUGGUUUGAUCUCACUUAUAUCAGUGUAUGUCAGUAAAAUCAAAGAAGUUACAUUGGUUUAAAGAUGGUCUGAGAUCAGAAUCAAGGCUUUUACUUUUGCCAUGAAUUUAUGAUAGUCAAUACAUACAGUACUGUAUUUUCAUUUCAUUCAUCUAGAUAUUUCCUUAUAAAGUGAGAGGUUUCACAAACUGAAGACACUGUAAUAAUUUUAUGUUAAACCCAGGAUAUUCAGAGCCCAGGGGGAAAUUCCAUUAUUACUUCAUCUAAUUUUGCCUAGGACAGGUAAUGCAGGUCCAGUUAUAUCUGUAUGAAAUAUUCACAACAAACCACGCUGCCACUUGAAACUUACCUAGUUUCAUUACAAACUUGCGAGGUUUAUCAAAAAGACUUGUCGAAUUUUUGAACUUUUUCAAGUGAAGUAGUUGAGUUUUGAGCAAACCUUGGCAAAUAUAUGGUGUUGCAUCUGAAAAGCAAAACUCAAGUCUGAUCCCACAUGGAUCAGAACUGGAGGAAAUACUUGCAUGAAUCCUGCAAAGCAAAAAGACAAAUUGUAUGCUACUCUGACCUCAAGAGAAGUCACAGUAUCUGCAGGAUUUAGGAACACUGGGAUGAAAUAAAGAUGCAAUUCCUGCCUGUUUAUAAAUGAGACUGUUACUGUUAUUUUAAUAUAGGGGAAUGUGAAUUGUCCCUUUCCUCUUGUUUUUCAAAUGUUUGCCAUUGAUACAUAUGACAAUUCAGACAGUUCAAGUGAUGGACUCUAAUAGUACAGAAGGAUCUAUCGUCAUCUGUUUUCUUAGUGAAUCUUUAGGCUUUAAGCCACUUGUUAGCUGCUGUACAUGCACAAGACUCCAGAUUAAAUUUUUAUUAAAGGAAUCAGUCGGCGUGACCAUGAGCCACUUUCCAAAAAUCAGGCAAUACUGUUCUCAUUAAGGUAAGGCUGAGGACUCCGAACUCCACUUGAAGUCAGUGGGAGCUGCGGAUGCUCAAUCUCUCUGAAAUUCAAGACAUUUGGUUUUAUUGAGUUUUCUAAAAAUCCCAUAGUUUAAUACAUAUUUUAAACUCAAAACCUAAAAUCAUUAAUGUAAAAAUGACACUAUUAUAGUAUAAUUAUUAAAAUAGGAGUACAAAAAAAGCAUCACACCCUACUGACUUUGUUUAGUCUUUUGUUCCCUUACUUAGGGCCAGUCCUGCAAAUAUUUAGGCAUGUGAGUGACACUUUUCCUGCAGGUAGUCCCAUUAAAACCAAUUCAUGUUUAUAGGUAUUUGCAGGAUCAGGACCUUGGGGCCCAGUCCUCCUCCUAUUAAAGUAAAUGGCACAGCUCCCACUGACUUCAAUGGGAGUACUAUUAGGACCUUUAGUGGCUGAGCAAACUGUUUCAGCCUUUUUUUUGUGUAUAUUAAAAACAGGUUUCAAGCUGCAACCAGUCUGCCUAGUGUCAGACUUAAGUGAAGUAUUAUGGUCUUACCUAAAACCUGCGAAAAAGUGGAUACUAGCUGUAGCAACAUUAGAUAUUUUCUGAGCCACUGCAUUUCAACAGAGUAUAGCCAGUGACUGAUAUUAAUUUUAUAAAAUAUGGACUUCCCUAGAGUAGGGUAGUUUAUUACCUGGGUUUUUAAAAAAAAUGCCUUUUCAGGUAAAGAGAUUGGUGUUUUUACAUAUUCUUUUAAAGCUAUGUUUUCUCAGAGAUUUUGUCUCAAGCGACUAAUCCUGAGCAUUUUCCAGCAAGGCAAAGAGACUAUAAUGCCAAAUAAAUUGGGCACAUCCAUUAUUUCCAUAUAUUUUGGCCUCAUAAAAGAAAAUGUACUUGGGACCAGAUCAUGCCCCACAAUAUCCAUGAGCUGAGAGGAACCUUUGGACACAGAUCUACCUUAUCACACAUAGAAGAGGUAAGGAGUAACCUACUUCUGCAGCACCAUCCUACCCCACUUGGCAAAAAUCUCUUGAGGGUCUUGAGUCUGUUGUGGGGGAGGUGACAGAGGCUGGGAGAAGAGUGGGCGAGCUAGGCAUAUGGCCAUGGAAUAUAAGCAGAAAAGAUAAUGCAGCCAUUUAUCUGCAGAGGCAGCCAUGGCCAGGGGGAGCUUGGCUUUGCUGUCAAGGGGAAGAGAUCCGUGUGGAUCAUUGGGAAUCCAGGGUUUCUUCAAUGAAAGUGGGAAGGGCGGGAGAGCUUAAUUCUGCCUCCCCCCUCCAAAGGAGUGAGUGGAGCUCCACAAGGGUAUCAUGGAGAUUUUUCUCCUCCAAAGCUUGCUCCUUUGAUCAAGAGGGAACAUAAUCCAGCUUUUGGCUUCUAAAAGCCUAUGCUGACAAUAUAUAGGCUUUCAAAUCAUUAAUCUGUUUGAAAUUGACCUUCCCAGUAAGAAAGCUAGAAACAUAUUAACUCUUUAUUUCAAUUCAAGUUAUUGCUCAUUCAGUGUUGAUAACUUCUGCUCACUCUUACUGCCACUCCAGAAUUUUCCCCAAUAAUAGCUGUCUUUCCUGUUUAAAAAAUAGGCGAGAGACAAGUCAGAACAAUCACAGGUUACCUUUGAUUUCAUUGACAAUGAAGGCGAAAUAGAAACUAUCCUUGAAAAUUCUGCAAGAACAUUUUAAAGUAAUGAAACUGUCAUCUUAGUAUUCAAAAGAGAAAUCCCAUCAGCAGUGAAGCUGUCUUGAAGACAGUGUCUUCAUCUAUAUUAAAUAGUUACAAUUUAAUAUUAAGGGCCCAGUCCUGUAAAGUCUUUUCCACACAUCUUCUGUGGGAAAUAAUAUGGAUUCACAGGACUGUAACUCAACCUGAGCGGAGGCUCCUUUCUUAUGUUGGACCUGAUUUUGGAAGAUGCUGAGCUUGAAAGCUGAAGGUGUUCAGCACAACCCUGGACGGGACACUUUGUGUGCACCCAAGAAUGUUAUUGACCUCAGUGAGAGAUUUAGGUGUACAGAAAUACAAGACAGGGCCCCAGAGCUAGGAAUCUAAGGCUGGCAUAUGGCUAAUAUUUUCUCCCCAAAGAUAGUAAGAAAGGACCAAGUCGCAUCGAACUUUUGAAUUUAUUAGCUUUUCUUAUUAGUAUGACUCACCAUCUUAAUAUUAUUUAAAUGUAGUUUGUGUAUUUUAUUGAUUCUUUAUUGAAACAUCUAAAAUUCCAGUGUUACUGAUUUAAUAACCUGGGGUUGUACAAUUAAGUACAAAAUGUACAGUAUUUUGGCAGUUUUAAAAUAGGACAUUACAUACCCCAUAGCUGGAAAUGUUCUUCUUGGCAUUGUAGAUCUGGGUCCUGUAAACAGGCAUUUGUGGGAUGUACUCUUUUUAAAAAAAAGUAGGUUCGAAAUCCAUAUGGAAAGUAGUUUGUGUGCAUGUGCAGUAAAUGCUUUUCCAAAUUUAUUUAAUGUGAUAUGCCCGAAUCCUGGAAAGAAAAACAUGCGAAUGGAGUCCUGUGCCUGCACAGAGUACAGCUGAAGCCGAUAAUGUCAGUUUCCUGACCACCCAGUUCUAUCUGUGGGAUUGGUGUCUUGGGCAGUUCUUGUUGAUUUUAAUGACCAGAAGUGUGUGUCUAGAUAUUUUGCCAAAAUUUAUAAAUUGAAUCUAUUUUUUUUAACAAUGUGACUAUUUUAUUUUGCAUUUGUGUGAGCUAUAGCUAAGCAAACACUCCUUGAAACAAUU